AUGCAAAUGUUCACUGGACUGUCUGCCAACUACCACUGUAUAGCCCAAAAUGUGGCACUUUCUGGCUUUCAUCUUUUUCGGGCCGAUGAAACUGUCAUCGCUGGUGAAAGGACUAUCUAUCUAUCUUUCUAUCUAUCUAUCUCAGUCUAUUCAAAUCUAUCUAUCUCUGUUCAAAUCUAUCUAUAUAUAUCUAUCUUUGUUCAAAUCUAUCUAUCUAUCUAUCUAUCUAUCUAUCUAUCUAUCUAUGUCUGUUCAAAUCUAUCUGUAUAUCUAUCUAUGUUCAAGUCUAUCUAUCUAUCUAUCUAUAUCUAUCUAUCUAAGUCUGUUCAAAUCUAUCUGUAUAUCUAUCUAUGUUCAAGUCUAUCUAUCUAUCUAUCUAUCUAUCUAUCUAUCUAUCUAAGUCUGUUCAAAUCUAUCUGUAUAUCUAUCUAUGUUCAAUCUAUCUAUCUAUCUAUCUAUCUAUCUAAUCUAUCUAUCUAUCUAAGUCUGUUCAAAUCUAUCUAUAUAUCUAUCAUCUAUCUAUAUUAUCUAUCUAUCUAUCUGUUCAAAUCUAUCUAUAUCUAUCUAUCUAUCUAUCUAUCUAUCUAUCUAUCUAUCUAUCUAUCUAUCUAUCUAAGUCUGUUCAAAUCUAUCUGUAUAUCUAUCUAUGUUCAAGUCUAUCUAUCUAUCUAUCUAUCUAUCUAUCUAUCUACCAAAAACCUUCGCUCUUUCUUUCUUACAUUUCAUAUCUUUCGGACAUUUUCUCCUUUUUUUUUUCAUUUUUUUCCUUUUUUCUUUCGUUUUCUAUUUUUUUUUUUUUUGAUUUUGUUUUUUAAUUUUUCGUUCUGCCGUUUUCUUUUCUUCGUUUUCAUAUCUUCAUUUCUUUUUAGUUUUGCUUUAUUUUUCUUCCUUUCACACUUUCGUUCAUUUUUCUUCCUUUUUUUUUUUUUUUCGUUUCUCUUUUUUUCUCUAAGUUUACCCCUACCCAGCCUUAGAACCACCUUAGACCCGUUCUAUCUAUCUAUCUAUCUAUCUAUCUAUCUAUCUAUCUAUCUAUCUAUCUAUCUAUCAUUAUUAUAUUUCCUGCUUCGUUUCCUGUAG